CGAGCGUCGACUUGCAGUCAAAAGACACAACCUGCUUCCCCCCCUUGAUAUCGGUGUAUGGCAUCUCGUUGGAUCACAAACCUAUUCCGUCAAUCUCCAUCUGCGUCCAUCCUACGUACCCGUCCGAUCGUCUUGAUCCCGCAAGCUAGACCUAGACAGACUCCGUAUCAACCACUCAACCUCUCGAGACAUACGAGCAAAAUGUCCGCCCCGGCUCAAGCUGAAAACCUCCACAAGGACCCCGUAACUGGGGAGAUGAUCUCCAAGUCCGAGCUCAAAAAGCGUAUAAAGAACAGGGAAAAGGAGGCUGCCAAGGCUGAAAAGGCCAAGAACAAGCCCGACCAGCCCGAGCAAAAGAAAAAGGACAACAAGGCCGACGAGGAGGAGCUCGACCCCACUCAAUACUUUGCCCUCCGAACCAAGCGUAUCCUUGCCCUCCGAGCGUCGCAGAACCCGGACCCUUACCCUCACAAGUUCAACGUCAGCCAGUCGAUCCCGUCUUAUAUCAAAGAAUGGGAGGUCGAGGGCAAGGUCGCCAAGGGUGACAGGCUCAAGGAGCCCACCAUCUCGCUCGCCGGAAGGUUGGGCAACAUGAGAAGUUCGGGUCAGAACUUGCACUUUUACGACUUGCACGCCGAGGGCGAGAAGAUUCAGAUCCUAGCUCAGGUUCAGGAGGCCGAGAACGAGGAGGAGUUCCGUCAGAUUCACGACAUUCUCGCCCGAGGUGACAUUGUCGGUGUCAUUGGAUCCCCAUCCCGAUCGCAAAAGGGAGAACUCUCGAUCUCUCCCCGCAAGAUCAUCCUCCUCUCGCCCUGUCUGCACAUGUUGCCCAAGAUCACCGACGGUGGUCUGACCGACCCCGAGAUCAGGUACCGAAAGAGGCACGUCGACUUGAUCAUGCACGACAAUGUCAAAAAGGUCUUUAUCACCCGUAGCAAGGUCGUCAACUAUGUCCGCAAGUACCUCGACUCGCUCGGUUUCAUGGAGGUCGAGACUCCGAUGAUGAACAUGGUCGCCGGAGGUGCCACAGCCAAGCCGUUCAUCACCCACCACAACGACCUCAAACUCGACCUCUUCCUCCGAAUCGCCCCGGAGCUCUACCUCAAACAGCUCGUCGUUGGAGGUCUCGACCGGGUGUACGAGAUCGGUCGAGUGUUCCGAAACGAAGGAAUCGACAUGACCCACAACCCCGAGUUCUCCAUCUGCGAGUUUUACAUGGCCUACGCCGACAUGUACGACCUGAUGGACAUGACCGAGAGCAUGAUCAGCGGGAUGGUCAAGUACAUCACUGGAGGUACCAAGGUGACCUUCCACCCCGAGGGCAAGGGAGAGGGCAAGAAGGAGUACACGCUCGACUUUGCCACUCCUUGGAAGAGGUUUGACAUGAUUGAAGAGCUAGAGAAGCAGUUGAACGUCAAGUUCCCUCCUGGCGAGACCUUGCACACUGCCGAAGCCAACCAGUUCUUGAGGGAUCUCUGCACCAAGCACAACGUCGACUGCUCCGAGCCGAGGACCAACGCUCGAUUGCUCGAUAAGCUCGUCGGCGAGUUCAUCGAGAACCAGUGCAUCAACCCCUCGUUCAUUGUUGGACACCCGCAAGUCAUGUCGCCCUUGGCUAAGCGUCAUCGAUCCCGACCGGGUCUUUGCGAGCGGUUCGAGGCUUUCGUCGCCACCAAGGAGAUCUGCAACGCCUACACCGAGUUGAACGAUCCUUUCGACCAGCGAGAGAGGUUCGAGGAGCAGACCAGGCAGAAGGAUCAGGGAGACGACGAGGCUCAGGGUGUCGACGAGACCUUCAUGAACGCACUCGAAUACGGUUUGCCCCCUACUGGAGGAUUCGGUCUUGGUAUCGACCGUUUGGUCAUGUUCUUGACCGAUUCGGCCAACAUCAAGGAGGUCCUCCUCUUCCCGGCCAUGAAGCCCAUCCAGACCAUCUCUCAGGGCGCCGCCGAGCAAGCCGCUCCCGAGAAGGGCGUACUGGGACCUACCGAGAGGUUCGACAAGGAGGCCGUGGACAAGCGCGUCGACGAGCAGAACCAGUUGGCUUGAUCGAGCGAUGUAGAAUUUUCACAAGGAGGUCUUUGGGUUUAUGGAGAUCGAACACGAAGAUUACAUGAUGAUGACGAUGGCAAACAUGUGUGCGCUUCCGA